CUUUUUUCUUCUUUGGACGUCAAACUUUGUGGAGAUAAAUACUGGGUAUCCAGUGUUAGAGGAAUAACAAAUUGGAAAGAAACUUUUGUUUUGGGAGGGACAGUCUUUUGUUGGAGUCUGAAAUAUCUGGUCGGAUCGCCCAGCUAGGAAUCCUUCUGUGUCCCUCUGAGCAACCUGGAUUAGAGCUUGUUGCACUUUCGUGCAGAUCCUCUUACAGAGAUGGACUUUUGUGGAAGAGAGAGCUUGGGGAGGGAAAGGAGAAGAGUUGAAUGGAUUUACUUUUGUGAUGAAGAGUCACAAAAGAAAUAGGAAGUAACUGAUACAUCCGCACACAUGGUGUCUGUGUUGAAAUAGAUGACCUUAAGGAGGCUGAACUGCUGUAGUUGUACAGACCAUGCAGUUUGGUGGGAUUUCUACUGAUAGCAGAGACAACCGUUGAUCAGAAUGGGGAACUCCGACAGCCACUACAGCCUUCAGGGGCCCAAGAGCGGCGGCGGCGGCGGCGGCGGCGGCGGCGGCGGCGGCUUCAUCCUCCCCGGCAAGCAGAAGGCCUGCUCCCUGCGGUUCCGCGCCGUCCACGCGAAGGACGAGCACUCCCGCUCCCCUCACGGCUGGGGCCGCGGCGGGGGCGCGGGAGGGCCGGGGUACAAGUCGCGGGCCCUGGCCCGGGGCUGCCUGUCCCAGCACAAGGGCGGCCAGCCGUACGUCCCCCGCCAUUACGACUAUGUGACCAAGGGAGGGAGGACCGGCGCCGGCAGCAAGCACGGGACGAGCCCGCCCGCCAGGGGCGGCCAAGCCGGCAACUUCCUGCUCGUGCCCGAGAACGGUUUUCCCUGUGCCGGCGGCGAGCGGACGGGAAAUCGCUACGUAGCCGCCGGGGAGCGCAAUGGCCACGUCGCGAACGGACACGGGACCCCCGAGCAGGUUUCCCUGGCAGACCUGGAUGGAGACCAGAGCAGCCCCAAGGUGCUCAUCAAAACGCUCGGCAGGUUCGACGGCGCCACGCGGGUGGAGUUCACCAACACCACCAACAACAACAAGCUGGCCGUGGAUGACUCCGGCGGGCCCGUGCAGUUGCUAAAAUACUCCCCGGCGCCGCAGGUCCCCGCCGACAACCCAGAGAUCCUCAGGCGGCACUCCCUGGCCGUCUCCGAGGCAGAGCCGAGCCUCGCCCCGGCCGACGCGGGCCUGAGAGCCAGCAAAGGAAGCUCCCUGAGCUCGGAGUGCUCCUGGUACGACUCUCCGUGGGGCAACGGCGCGGAGCUCAGCGACGCGGACAACGCGUCCUCCUCCGCCAGGACCGCGGGCGCCUGCGCCGGUGAGGCGGUGCCGCCCGGCGACCAGCGGCUGCUCGGCCGGCGCGCGUCUCCCGUUUCCCUCCAGGACCUGUACAGGGACGCCGGGCUGGCCGCCACCUUCCCCGCCGCGAAGGAGCUGUCGAGCCGGUACCUGGGCGUGCCGUGCGGUGGCGGCCACCGCGCGUCCUUCGUGUCCACCCUCGACGUGGCGGCCCAGGGGGAGUGCCUGGGCUCCAAGCAGUACGCCUCCUACCCCCUGCCCUGCCGCAGGUCGAAGCCCAUCGUGGAGGGCAGCGCCAAGAAAGACACCCUGAAGAGCCGCAUGAGGCGCAUCAGUGACUGGACCGGGAGCCUGAGCCGCAAGAAGAGAAAACUGCAGGUGAGACUCUAUUUCCGUGCUUCAGAACGGCUCGCCACCCGAUUUAAAACACUCUCGCCGCAGGGACGGGGCAUCACGUUUCGGUGGAAGGCGGGGUAGACAUGCCGGUAAAUUCUCCACUAUAAUUAUUUCUCUCCAGACGAAGAUUCUCCUGGCCCCUUUUCCCCAAACGGUUUCCGAUACGACGGAUACUGUAUCGCGGCCCGUCAGAUUGCCACGGGUCAUCUUGGUUUUGCAGCCGCAAUCAAAUGGGAAAUCGCUAAUGCGCUUGCUCUCUGGGGGAGCCAGCGCCUGAGAGAUGUAGAUGCAAAUGCAUGCAAAAAAUGUUCUGUUAUCGGGGGGGUGGGGGAACGUCUGUUAUCGAAAACCGACUGCUUUUCUCAUACCGGGAUUUUCUGGAUGCUCGAGAUAGUUUGUUUCAAAAGGGAACUCGAUAGACGGUAAAUAUCUGUAAUAGUUCACAUUUUUUUUUAAUUGUGGGAAAAGGAGCUCUGCUAUUGAAUUUUCCCCAUUUCCUUUCUUUUCCUUGCCUGGUUUUCCUGCACGCAUAACGGAGCUGCUUUGAUUGCUCCCAGCUUCUCACGCGUGUGCAUGAGUGUCUGAGAACCGGACAAAUGAGGUGUCUGAUGCUUCCGAUGGUGUUGAUGGUAUUUUUUUAUUUUUUAACCACAGCCUUCUGUACAGCACAAUUUCUCUGUUCAGAACACCUGCUGAAAAAUAUAAAAGUGUGUGUUCAGCGGGAGGGUGUAGGGGGGA